CACAGUUUCCACAAAUUUAUCUGGUAAUUCAUCCAUCUACUAAAAUGAAGAGUAAGUUGCAACAAAAAUUUAGCACUUUGAUAGGGUGGGUUACAAACCGAUUUGUUUCAGGGCGUGUUCGAAAUUCGGACACUAACACAAAUCAUGACGACUCAGCCCCCUUUAAGCACUGGGUCAAGUUCGACAUGGAACCCAUGGACCACCCCAUUUUCGGAAGGACCCACAUAAAAUCCAAGUUUCCACGAAUCCCUGCCAAAGCCCAACGACCCCUCAUAUCCGACAAAGAUUUCCAGCACUUUCUCGACCAUGGGAACAAAUGGUGCGCCAAAUUCUGGGACACUCGAGGCAGAGAAGACCAGUUUCAACGCACGGUGGACGGCUGCUGCUGGUUUGCCAUCUACACGGAUCCAUUCUCCGACUUGUUUUCGAAGGGAAUGGAACUCUAUGUUGAAUACAAUAUUUGGGUCUUUCUCGUAGAUGACGCCUUGGAACAAUCGCUUAUUGAAGGGAUUGACCCCCUCGACCUGCAAAAAUUCGUGCAACAAUCUAUGGACAUUUUUACGGGAAAGUAUGACACGCCCGGGAGACGACCACAAUACGUCGAAAUAGUUGGCUUCCCCUACUUUAAAAGCUGUUUUGACGCCAUGCUCGACAUUCAUAGGAAAUGCCUGAUACACUUCCCGUGGUACAGGAUGAGCAUUCCAAGCUUCGCCCUGAUCAAUCAGCGCUAUUUUGACAUGUUUAUCUGGUGCAGUUACGACAAACCUCAGUCGAAUUAUUCAGACCACAUUUUUCAAAGGUGGAGAGGCGUCGAGUGUGCGAAUUCUCUUUGUGUGGAAUUUGUCAUGAUGUUGAAUGCGGUUGUAAUUCCGAAACGUAUCCAAGAACACCCGUGUUUUAAAAAGGUGGAGGAUGUCCAAGGCUGCGCUGGAUUUCUGAAUGAUAUUCUCGGAAUCAGAAAGUCAUGGUUGGAGCCGGAUCUUAAUAGUUUGGUAGGGUUUUAUGUUGCAAAGGAUAAUCAGAGUGUAGAAAGUGCAGUGCAGAAAGUCUGUGACCUAUUGGAGCGAGAAUUUAGGGAUUAUUUAAGGCUAAAGAAUGUUUUGUUACAACAGUUUAAGGAUGAAAAGUGUCUCGUAGACUAUUUUGAUGUCCUGGAAGGGAACUUGGACGGAAAUUGGCCAAUGUAUAUGUACUCUACGAGAUAUUAUGCAGUCUCAAAUUGUCUCACUAUUGUCUAGUCCGUGCAGAUUGUUACAAAUACUACAUAGAUAUGUUAAGCAUCGUAAUAAUGACAAUAAUUACCGAUAAUUAGUUAAGUGGCAAAGCAUAGUAAUAAUAAGUCAAAUUUUAUUCCGUUUUUGCAACAAUUUAGGUAGGUAUGUAGUUUCGAGUCGUGUUAUUUUAGCCUGCUUUUUAUUAAAGUUGAAUAAAAACCUCUUCUCAGCUCA